CUGACACACACAGUGAUGACCAUCUAACUGUUAGUAGUACAAAUAUUUUACUCCGAUUAGUGGUGGUGGGAUUAUGAUAAUUCAUUGAUUAUUGUGAAUGGUGUAUGAUUCAAUAACGUUGAACAGUGAAUACAACUCAAAAGUCUGAUGAAGAAAAAACAGAACCUUUGACUAACCCCAUUCCUUCUCUCUGCAGUCUGCAUCCCCACUCCUUUUCUUCCAUAAUUUCCAUCCCUUUUUUUUCCCCAUUUUUUUGAUCAUUUUGUUUAUUGAUAUUUUGGAUAUUUUUCUCAAUACCCAAUUCCAAAUACAGUUGCUUUAUUUCAUAUUUUCAUCAUUUUGUUCUUGAAUUACUUCAGCAUUUUACCUGUUGACUGUUCUAAAGCCCAAAGCUGCUGACUUCACCUUUUUUUUUUUUUUAAUUCCCGUUUGGGUUGGAUGAGGAAGAAACUUAAGGGGAGAAUGCCUCUUUCCUGAGCUUAGAAACAGAGUAAUUGUGACUGUGGAAAAGUAAAAGCAGUUAGGGUUUUGACUUUUUUGUUUUCUCUUUUGGGUAUCAUCAAGGAGUCGACUUUGGAGUUUGAACAACUCCUUUUUGUUGAUUUGGAGUUUGAUUAUGAGGAUUUUGAAUCUAGGGAUUUAGCCCAGGUGCAGCUGUGAACUCAAAUGGAUCGGUCACUGGUCUCCACGAUCUCAGCUUGGAUAUUUCUUAGCUCAAUUUUGAUCUUCUCCCUAAUUUCACGGGCAUCUGCUAACGCUGAAGGUGAUGCGUUGAAUGCGCUGAAGAGCAAUCUACUUGAUCCUCAAAAUGUUUUACAGAGUUGGGAUGCAACACUUGUAAAUCCCUGCACUUGGUUUCAUGUCACAUGCAAUAGUGAAAAUAGUGUCACCAGAGUUGACCUCGGAAACGCAAAUUUGUCCGGACAACUAGUUCCACAGCUUGGUCUGCUUCCAAAUUUGCAAUACCUGGAACUCUAUAGUAACAACAUCAUAGGAAGAAUUCCUCUGGAGCUGGGAAACUUGACAAAUUUAGUGAGCUUGGAUCUUUACUUAAAUGGAUUGACUGGUUCCAUACCUGACACACUGGGCAAACUUCAAAAGUUGCGCUUCCUGCGUCUCAACAACAACUCCUUGACUGGACAGAUUCCUAUGUCACUAACCACUGUUGGUACUCUUCAAGUCCUGGAUCUGUCAAAUAACCAAUUGACUGGGAAAAUUCCCGUCAACGGUUCUUUCACUCUUUUUACUCCCAUCAGUUUUGGAGGUAAUAAAUUGGAUCAACUUCCGGUCUCUCCACCUCCUCCAAUUUCACCAACACCGCCAACUUCUCCAGUGGGAAACAGUGCUACUGGUGCCAUUGCUGGAGGAGUUGCUGCAGGCGCUGCUCUUCUCUUUGCUGCUCCUGCAAUUCUACUUGCUUGGUGGCGAAGAAGGAAACCACAGGAUCAUUUCUUUGAUGUUCCUGCUGAGGAGGAUCCCGAAGUUCAUCUCGGACAACUUAAGAGAUUUUCUCUGCGGGAACUUCAAGUUGCAACUGAUAAUUUCAGCAAUAGAAACAUUCUUGGUAGAGGCGGUUUCGGCAAGGUUUACAAAGGAAGGCUAGCAGAUGGGUCUCUGGUUGCGGUUAAAAGGCUUAAAGAGGAGCGUACACAAGGUGGAGAGUUACAGUUUCAAACUGAAGUGGAGAUGAUCAGCAUGGCUGUUCAUCGGAAUUUGCUUCGUCUACGUGGCUUUUGCAUGACACCAACAGAACGACUGCUUGUUUAUCCAUAUAUGGCUAAUGGUAGCGUGGCAUCAUGCUUGAGAGAGCGCCCUGACACACAACCGCCUCUUGAUUGGCCAAUACGGAAGCGCAUUGCAUUAGGUGCUGCUAGAGGCCUUGCUUAUCUGCAUGACCAUUGUGAUCCCAAAAUUAUUCACCGGGAUGUAAAAGCUGCAAACAUAUUGUUAGAUGAGGAGUUUGAAGCAGUUGUUGGAGAUUUUGGGUUGGCAAAACUCAUGGAUUACAAAGACACUCAUGUUACAACUGCUGUACGAGGGACAAUUGGUCACAUUGCCCCUGAGUACCUCUCCACAGGCAAAUCUUCGGAGAAAACUGAUGUCUUUGGAUAUGGAGUCAUGCUUCUCGAGCUUAUCACUGGGCAGAGAGCUUUCGAUCUUGCUCGGCUUGCUAAUGAUGAUGAUGUCAUGUUACUUGAUUGGGUAAAGCAAAUAUCUGACCCCUUUCGAAUUCACUUGUUCUAGUAUCAUCUUUGGUUAAAAUGACGAAUUGUAUCUUGUAAUUUGAUGUCAUUUUAUUUCUAAUUCAUCAUUUUUUAACCAGGUCAAAGGACUCCUGAGGGAGAAAAAGUUGGAAACUUUAGUGGAUGGAGAUCUUCAGGGGAAUUAUGUUGACGAUGAAGUGGAGCAACUUAUUCAGGUAGCUCUACUCUGCACACAGAGCUCUCCUACAGAGCGUCCGAAAAUGUCGGAAGUUGUAAGAAUGCUCGAAGGUGAUGGUCUGGCUGAGAGGUGGGAGGAGUGGCAGAAGGAGGAGAUGUUCCGGCAGGAGUUCAACCAUGCUCACCAUCCAACUACAGACUGGAUUAUUGCUGAUUCCACGUCGAAUCUCCGACCUGAUGAACUGUCUGGCCCUAGAUAAUAUCAGAGGGGCCAUUACUUUCAUCAUUACUUCCACGAUAUACGAGUCUGUUAUUCUUGUGCAUAAUUUUUAUUUUAUUUUUUGGUUUUUUUUUUUUUUGGUUUCCCCAUUAACUUUUGAAAAUAGUCCAAAGUAUAUCAUGUAACGUGAAUUUUGGAUGGCCAAUAUAUAUUGUCUAUAGGUUGCCAGCUGACAUUAGUGUAUUUGUGUAAGUGAAUAGGCAGGAAUUGGAAGAACAAACUUGUAUCUUAUUUUUGUUAUAGGCUUUGUUCAGCGAAUAAAUCCUUUGUUAGAGAGUAAAGCAAUCUUAGAUUAAUCAUGGUCG